AUGUUGGUUAUCGUGUAUGUCAUAGCAUCUCUUCACUCUUUCCGAAUGCGGUAUUUUUGGCAGAAGAUGUACUUGCUUCUUCUGAUUCUUGUACUUAUCGACUUCAUUGAUUCAGCUCCUCAAUGGGGUGGAGGCGGCCCAGGUGGCUGGAACGGACCAGGAGGUGGAUUUGGACCAGGGCCUCAGCUACCAAAUCAAGGAGGCAUGGGAGGUGGACCAGGACCAGGUGGAGGCGGUCCUUGGGGAGGAGAAGGUGGACCAGGUCCUCAACUACCAAAUGAAGGAGGCAUGGGAGGUGGACCAGGGUCAGGUGGAGGCGGCCCUUGGGGAGGACAAGGAGGACCAGGGCCUCAGCUACCAAAUCAGGGAGAAUGGGGUGGACCAGGAGGAAGACCAGGAGGAUGGUUUUAA